AUGAGCCUGAUAAAAAAAAAAAAAAAAAGGAGAGCGAGAAGGGAUGGAUGACGCAGUCAAUUAAACAGAAGCGGAGAAAAAGGCGACGGAAAAUGAUGAAAGUAAUGUGAAAGUUGCACAGAGGACCCCGCCGCCUUUUCACCCACCACCGGAAAAAAAUGAAGAGGGACAGACAGCUGGAUAAAAAAAGAGAGGGACACACUCAGACUGAUGAAAGAUAAUGUGCUGCAGAGGAAGCAAAGCAGCAGACUGAGUUCUGCUUCACAGACGGAAAGGUGUAUGCGUUUGGAGGUAUGGGAGCAGACACCACGCCGCAGGCUCUGGUGAGGGUUUAUGAUGCAGAGAAGGACCAGUGGCAGCCGCUGACCUCUAUGCCCACGCCACGGUACGGAGCUUCACCCUUCGUAAGAGGAAACAAAAUCUUCUUGAUGGGUGGACGACAGGGAAAGUUACCGGUUACGGCGCUGGAGGCGUUUGACCUGGAGACGAAGAGCUGGACACGUUACCCCUGCAUCCCCAGCCGGAGGGCGUUUUGCUGCUGCGCCACAAACGAUCGAAGCCUCUUCAGCCUGGGGGGCCUCCAACAACCAGGGCCACAUAACUUCUACUCCAGACCUCACUUUGUCAGCACCAUGGAGGAGUACGAUCUGGAUCAAGGUAUUUGGAUCAAACCCAGCCGGAUGUCCAGGAUGAGGGAGAAGAGGGCUGACUUUGUGGCAGGAUGCCUGGGAGGAAGAGUAAUUGCUGCUGGUGGUCUAGGUAAUGAGCCGGCGCCGCUGGGCUCAGUGGAGAGCUACAACCCUGUGAAGCGGCGCUGGGAAUAUGUGGCACCCAUGCCUACGGCGCGCUGCUCCUCUGCCCUUUGGCAGACAAACAGCAUGCUCUUUGUGAUUGGAGGAGUCGCCCAGGGACCCAGUAACGCUGUGGAAGCUUUGUGUUUACCAGAAACAGUGUGACACAUGCACACACUCAAACUCACACAGGAUUAAAUGCAAAACAGCAGCGAUAUUUUAUUCAUGUGUGUGCAGAAACACAGACACAAUCACAUGAAUUGGAUCCACAGCUGGCACUUAGAUACUUUUCUACCUUUUAUGUCCAACUGAAGGACUCCUCUCUCUUACUGGGAUGUAAGAAAAGUCUUUUUCACAUUCAACAAGCAUUUUACAGACGGAGGCUGCAGACACAGUUUGUGACAGAGACGGACGAAUUCAGGAUGAAGGACGUUCAAGCCGUCUGCUGAGACUGGCAAGGACUGAAAACUGACAGCUUUUCUACACUGGAGAAAUCAUAGAGACAACAUAAUGAGCAAAAAAGAUACACACACACACAACGUCUGACGAAACAACACGCCUUUGAACUGUUGAGCAUUUUUCUGAAUAAAAGCAGGGUACUUUUCUGGAUAAUAAAGGAACAUAGGGCCAUAUCUGUAACUCACAUGCAGCCUGCUGCGACAGAAAGCCUGAACACUUUUGUACGACCUUACAAACAACACUUAGUUGAGAUUUAGUGACGUUCUGGGAAUGUGAAUGUCUGUUUGAGUUAUUUUCUUCUUUCUUUUCUUUUUUUUCUUUGUACAUGUUAAAGUUAGCAACCGCUAUCAUAGUGUUUCCAAAUGCAACUGAACAAGUUGGCUUUUCUUUUAGGACUAGUUAAAACAGACUGUGGUUGAACUUGUAGUCAGCUUGCCUUUCCUGCCCAUCUUUCCACCUGUGCUACAACAUUUGCAACACAGCAAUCGAUCACCGAGCUCGAACCGUCCUUCACACUGCAGCACGGUGAUGUGGGCGCUCGUGAAGUGAAUGCAGCAUGACUCAUACCUGAUGCCCUGAAGCAUCCAGACAGACAAAUGAAAAUGUAAACAUCACAUUCCUGACACGUAAUAUUUCCCUUGAGUUUAAUGAUUGACGGCAUAACAUUUUAUUUAUGCCAACAUGAUGAUGGAUACAUAGGAAGAGCAUGUCAAAGUGACGGUACCUCAGCGACAGUUAGACACAGUUUGCUCUCUUAUUUUGACAGAUGGAGAGUUUUUUGUUUUGAAUAUGUAAAAAAAAAAAAAUUACAGUUAAUUGAAUUCUGCAUUUUUUUUCAAUUUUAAGACUGUAGCUAUAUUGAUUAAGUGUUUUCCCAGGGAUACAAUGUGGUAUUAAUGAAAAGGUUCUGAAUCAUAGAGCAGUGUAUGCUGUUUGAUAUCAUAGCGGUUGCAUAUUUGCGAAACCAUGACUGGUGAAGUUGUUUAUUCAAUGGAGUUACCCACCAGAAAGUCAGUCCAAAAUGCUGAAAAGUCGAUACCAGAGGGCUUAUUCAUAAAUUGGAUUGAAAAGUUUGCAGCUUGAUCAGAAAGAGAUCUGAAAGCUGUCUUUUAAUUCCACAGAAAUCGACCAGUUUGGUACCAAAAAGACGGACUUUCCAUACAGAUGCUGUUUAUUCUGGACAGGGCGAAUGUUUGUGUACCAGAGUUAGGAGUGAAAGUAGAUGGAGGGAGCUGCAGUGCAAAAUGUUUUGUGACAGAUUCACUGACCUGUGGUCAGCAGACAAGGUCAGACAGGAAACAAAGGAAUUACAAAGUGGUUUGUUUACUUGCAGAGUAUGUUGGUCUUUCUUAUCCUCCUGUUUUGGAAAUGUUUGAAUUUUUCCUCCAAGAGCGAUUCAUUGGCCCCUGAAAUGUAAUACUAAUCUAUUUUGACAAGAGGUUCAGUUCCGGCUCAACUGCUUUCAAAACGUCAGCUGAAACUUAAAAAGAUGAUCCAGCAAAUAGGAUCUUUAUUACUAUUUUGACGUACUGAUUUGUACUAACAUAGGGGUGAAUUCACUACUGAUAGUGCCAAGACUUGCCCCGCCAUCUGCUGCAUUUCAAGGUCAAAUUCACACAAACAUAUUGCGCUAAUGAUAGUCAAGCCCAAACUAACCCAUAAAGUUUUGCAGCUCUGUGCAGUUUUCUCUUGUUCUGCAUCUGAUUGUGGUGACAAGCUGUAGGCAUUCUGUUCUCUGUGCAGAGCUGCAGUGUGCGCUCUUAUCCUGUCCAAGUUGGACCUGUCCACAUGCAGAUGAUGAGCUGGAUGGGGAGGGAACAGUAACCAGUGCAUUGUAAAGCUGAUUCAUGCAUUAGUGAUAAAAAACUGUGCGUCACAUCAGGAGUGAGCCAACAAGGAUGCUCAUCCAGAUAACAACACCCUCUUUACCAGGCCUGUUGUGUAAUAGCUCCUGAUUGUCUUCAAACGUGGAAAAGUGUUGAGUCUGGAUAUCGCCAUCAUGAUAGUAUUAGUUAUCAAAGUGUCAAAGUAAUGCUAACAGACUUGAGGCAGAGAUAUAAAUUAUGUGCAGGUCACAAGAGAUGGGAGUUUUGUCAUGAUCUAUGGAAAGUAAAGGACGCGGUCACACAAUUGUCAACAGAUAGUGAGAAUGUCACAGGCCUUUGGUGCUGCUGUUUGUUAAUUCAACAUUUAUUUUUGGCAAUGUGUGCCAUUUACACUGAAAGGGGACAACUUCGCCCCAAACUUUCUCAAUUAAAUUCAAGCAAACAGCACCAGCACACAGAGAUGGCAUUUGCUUUGUGGUGCAUUUAACCCUCUGUGUACACUUUGUGAAUUAGAGAGUUUCUCUUUGAGUUUUAUUUGCACAGAUUGCACAGAAGAAAAGUACAAUCCUUUUUAUGAAUCAGGCCCUGAGUUCUUCUUUAACAACAUUUUCAGCAUUGAGAAAAUAUCUUAAAACAGUUGCAUUGAGAAUUAAACUAUGUCAUGCCAUCUGCAAUGAUACAAUGUAAAUAAUGAUUUGAUUCACCAGUGUUUGAUGACUUGGUGAUUCAAGGUAAGGUGUUGUACAACAGAUUGUCUGUUUACCCAACGAACAUUAACAAGAAGUGCAGACACUCUAAUUCCACAGAUAGAGCUGGCAUUCAUCUGCAAAUGGUUUUAAAAUGACUGAAUAAAUGCUGCAGUUGC